CUGCAAGCAAAUGACCUUCAGAAAGAAGUAUACCAGCAUCUGGCCUAUUAUGUACCAAAAAUUUACUGCAGGGGUCCUAACCCUGCCCCACAAAAAGAAGACAUGCUGGCACAACACGUUUUGCUGGGACCAAUGGAAUGGUAUCUUUGUGGUGAAGAUCCUGCAUUUGGUUUUCCAAAGCUUGAGCAAGCGAACAAACCUUCCCAUCUCUGUGGCCGCGUUUUUAAAGUGGGAGAGCCUACAUAUUCUUGCAGAGACUGUGCAGUUGAUCCAACUUGUGUGUUAUGCAUGGAGUGCUUUCUUGGAAGUAUUCAUAGAGAGCACCGAUACAGGAUGACAACAUCAGGUGGAGGUGGUUUCUGUGACUGUGGUGAUACAGAAGCUUGGAAAGAAGGUCCUUACUGUCAAAAACAUGAACUUAACACUUCAGAGACUGCAGAAGAAGAGGAUCCUCUUGUGCACUUACCAGAAGAUAUGGUAGUCAGAGCCUAUAAUAUUUUUACCAUCACAUUUAAAUAUGCAGUAGAUAUAUUAACAUGGGAAAAGGAAAAUGAAUUGCCUGGCCUAGAAAUGACUGAGAAGAGUGACACUUACUACUGCAUGCUGUUUAAUGAUGAAGUCCAUACCUAUGAACAAGUUAUUUAUACUCUUCAGAAGGCUGUCAACUGCACGCAGAAGGAAGCUAUUGGUUUUGCAACAACAGUAGAUAGAGAUGGACGUAGGUCUGUUCGAUAUGGAGACUUUCAGUACUGUGAUCAAGCAAAAUCAGUAAUAGUGAGAAAUACCAGUCGUCAGACAAAACCAUUGAAAGUACAAGUUAUGCAUUCAUCUAUUGUUGCCCAUCAGAGCUUUGGUCUGAAGCUCCUAACAUGGCUUGGCAGUGUUAUUGGAUAUUCAGAUGGCCUUCGUCGAAUAUUGUGUCAGGUUGGUUUACAGGAGGGGCCAGAUGGUGAAAAUUCUUCUCUUGUGGAUAAGCUGAUGCUGUAUGAUUCUAAACUGUGGAAAGGAGCUAGAAAUGUGUAUCACCAGUUAUUCAUGAGCAGUCUACUUAUGGAUUUGAAAUACAAGAAACUUUUUGCUAUCCGCUUUGCAAGAAAUUACCGGCAGUUGCAGAGAGAUUAUAUGGAGGAUGAUCACGAACGGGCAGUAUCGGUGGCUGCUCUGUCUGUCCAACUCUUCACUGUACCUACUCUGGCUCGAAUGCUAAUAACAGAAGAAAAUCUUAUGACCACUAUCAUCAAAACUUUCAUGGACCACUUAAGACACCGUGACAUCCAAGGCAGGUUUCAGUUUGAACGUUACACUGCUCUGCAGGCUUUCAAAUUCAGACGUGUUCAGAGCCUUAUUUUGGAUCUCAAGUAUGUGUUGAUAAGUAAACCAACUGAGUGGUCAGAUGACUUGAGGCACAAGUUCCUAGAGGGUUUUGAUGCCUUCUUAGAAUUACUCAAAUGUAUGCAGGGUAUGGAUCCAAUAACUCGUCAAGUAGGACAACACAUAGAAAUGGAACCAGAAUGGGAAGCAGCAUUUACAUUGCAGAUGAAAUUAACACUUGUUAUUUCAAUGAUGCAGGACUGGUGUGCAUUAGAUGAAAAAGUAUUAAUUGAAGCUUACAAGAAAUGCCUAACUGUGUUGAUGCAGUGUCAUAGUGGUUUUACUGAUGGAGAACAGCCUAUUGUUCUCAGUAUGUGUGGACAUUCAGUUGAGACCAUCAGAUACUGUGUUUCUCAGGAAAAAGUUAGCAUUCAUCUCCCAGUUUCUCGUUUACUUGCAGGCUUGCAUGUUUUGCUGAGUAAAACUGAAGUGGCAUAUAAGUUUCCAGAGCUGCUACCCCUGAGUGAACUUAGCCCACCUAUGUUAAUAGAACAUCCUCUACGAUGCCUAGUCCUGUGUGCCCAAGUACAUGCAGGGAUGUGGAGAAGAAAUGGGUUCUCUCUUGUUAAUCAGAUUUAUUACUAUCAUAAUGUGAAAUGCAGGAGAGAGAUGUUUGACAAGGACAUAGUAAUGCUUCAGACAGGUGUGUCUAUGAUGGAUCCAAAUCACUUCUUGAUGAUAAUGCUGAGUCGCUUUGAACUUUAUCAGAUAUUUAGUACUCCAGACUAUGGCAAAAGAUUUAGCACAGAAAAUACUAACAAGGAUGUUGUUCAACAGAAUAACACUCUUAUAGAAGAGAUGCUAUACCUCAUUAUAAUGAUUGUUGGUGAAAGAUUCAGUCCUGGAAUAGGACAGGUAAAUGCAACAGAUGAAAUCAAACGAGAGAUCAUCCAUCAGCUAAGCAUCAGGCCAAUGGCUCACAGUGAAUUGGUAAAGGCAUUACCUGAAGAUGAGAACAGAGAGACAGGAAUGGAAAGUGUGAUUGAAGAAGUGGCAUGUUUCAAGAAACCUGGAUUAACAGGGAGAGGGCUGUAUGAAUUAAAACCAGAAUGUGCCAGGAACUUCAAUCUGUAUUUCUAUCACUUUUCAAGGGCAGAGCAAUCAAAGGCGGAGGAAGCACAAAGAAAGCUGAAGAGACAGAACAGAGAAGAUACAGCACUUCCACCACCAGCUCUUCCUCCUUUCUGCCCACUUUUUGCAAGUCUGGUUAAUAUUCUACAAUCUGAUGUCAUGCUGUGCAUUAUGAGAACUAUACUGCAGUGGGCAGUAGAACACAAUGGCUAUGCCUGGUCAGAGUCCAUGCUGCAAAGGGUUUUGCAUUUGCUUGGUAUGGCACUACAAGAAGAAAAACAACAUUUGGAGAAUCUCAGUGAGGAGAAUGUUGUAACAUUUACCUUCACUCAGAAGUUAUCAAGACCAGGAGAGGCACCCAGUAAUUCCCCUAGUAUACUCGCUAUGCUAGAAACUCUGCAAAACGCACCUCAUCUGGAAGUGCACAAGGACAUGAUCAGGUGGAUAUUGAAGACUUUUAAUACUAUUAAGAAACUAAGAGAAAGCUCUUCUACAAGUCCUGUGGCCGAGACAGAAGGAAAUAUUAUGGAGGAGAGUUCACGUGAUAAAGACAAAGCUGAAAGGAAGCGAAAAGCUGAGAUUGCCAGAUUGCGCAGGGAAAAGAUCAUGGCCCAGAUGUCUGAAAUGCAACGGCACUUCAUUAAUGAAAACAAAGAACUCUUUCAGCAAACUUUGGAGGAACUAGAUACUUCAACCUCUGGAGUACAUGAAAAUAGCCCUGUAAUUUCAGAUGCAAAACUCACAGCCUUGGGACCAGAGCAAACUAGAGUAGCAGAACACAGACAGGUUGUUAUGUGUAUAUUAUGUCAGGAGGAGCAAGAAGUUAAAGUGGACAGCAGGGCUAUGGUCUUGGCAGCAUUUAUUCAACGAUCAACUGUGUUGUCUAAAAAUAGAAACAAAAUUGCUCCGGACCCUGAAAAGUAUGACCCACUAUUCAUGCACCCAGAUCUGUCAUGUGGAACACACACGGGUAGCUGUGGACAUAUUAUGCAUGCUCAUUGUUGGCAAAGGUAUUUUGAUGCUGUCCAAGCGAAAGAGCAACGAAGACAACAAAGAUUACGAGUACACACAAGUUACGAUGUAGAAAAUGGUGAAUUCCUCUGCCCGCUUUGCGAGUGCUUAAGCAACACCGUUAUUCCUCUGCUUCCUCCACCAAGAGUUUUGUUUAACAGGUUAGACUUUUCAUGCCAACCAAACCUAACUCAGUGGAUCAAAACAAUAUCCCAGCAAAUAAAAGCGCUCUAUUUAUUUCGAGAUGAAGACUGUGCAGGUAAUUCUGGUAAUUCCGAAAAAAUAGAUCAGCUGCAAUUACCUGAAGGAUUUAGACCAGAUUUCAAACCGAAGAAUCCUUAUUCUGAGAGUAUAAAAGAGAUGUUGACAACUUUUGGUACGGCAACAUACAAAGUAGGCUUGAAGGUUCAUCCAAAUGAAGAAGAUCCACGUGUACCUAUAAUGUGCUGGGGAAGCUGUGCUUACACGAUACAGACUAUAGAACGAAUUUUAGCUGAUGAAGAUAAACCAUUAUUUGGUCAUUUACCUUGUCGACAGGAUGACUGCCUUACAUCAUUAACAAGAUUUGCAGCAGCUCACUGGACAGUUUCAUCUCUUUCAGCAGUACAGGGUCACUUUUGUACUCUCUUAGCAUCACUGGUGCCUAAUGAAAAAAAUGGAAAUCUUCCUUGCAUACUUGAUAUCGACAUGUUUCAUUUAUUGGUAAGUAAGCUUGGUGCUCUCUUAGCCAUACAUUGUCAGGAUUUUUCAGGGGUUAGUCUUGGCACUGGAGAUCUUCACCUGUUUCAUCUUGUCACUAUGGCACACAUAAUACAAAUUUUACUUACCUCAUCAACAGAAGAGAAUGGCAUGGAUCAAGAAGACACUAACAGUGAAGAGGAAGUAGCUGUGCUUACACUGUAUAAAUUUCUUUGCCAGUGUACAGGAAGUGCCUUGAAAGAAAUUUCCUCAGGCUGGCACCUGUGGAGGAAUCUAAAAACUGGAAUCAUGCCUUUCCUGAGAUGUUCUGCUUUGUUUUUCCAUUACUUAAAUGGAGUACCAGCACCCUCAGAAAUUCAAGUAAAUGGAACAAACCAGUUUGAACACUUAUGUAGCUAUCUUUCCUUGCCGAACAACCUCACUUGCCUUUUUCAAGAAAAUAGUGAGAUUCUGAACACGUUAAUAAAAAGUUGGUGCAGUAACAAUGAAGUAAAAAGAUAUCUGGAAGGCAAGAGACAUGCUAUCAGCUAUGCAAGAGAAUCCAAUAGAUUAAUAGACCUUCCGGACGACUACAGCUGCCUCAUUAACCAAGCAUCCAGUUUCUCGUGUCCGAAGUCAGGUGGUGAUAAAAGCAGAGCCCCAACAUUGUGCCUUGUGUGUGGGACCAUGCUAUGUUCUCAGAGUUACUGUUGUCAAACUGAAUUAGAAGGAGAAGAUGUUGGAGCCUGUACUGCACAUACAUACACUUGUGGUUCUGGAGUGGGCAUAUUCCUUAGAGUACGAGAAUGUCAGGUGCUAUUUUUAGCUGGAAAAACUAAGGGCUGCUUUUAUCCUCCUCCUUAUCUCGAUGACUAUGGAGAGACAGACCAGGGACUCAGACGUGGGAAUCCCUUACAUCUGUGCAAAGAACGAUUUAAAAAGAUUCAAAAACUCUGGCAGCAGCACAGUAUCACAGAGGAAAUUGGACACGCACAAGAAGCAAAUCAAACACUAGUUGGCAUUGAUUGGCAGCAUUUAUAAUGCUUAUCUGCUGAAGACUGGAACUUUAUUAAGAUUUUUGUAACAGUAAGCUUUUCAAAGGAGGGAUGAGGAAGAAAAGUCUGAGGAAAAAAAAAUGAACACCAACAAACCCAGUCUUGUAAUUUAAUCUUUGUUUUACAAUGUAUUUCAUAAGGAUACCAGUUAACAUAAAUCAAGUAAACUUCUUUCUAUGUAAGCAAGUUUUAUUAGUCAUAUAAUGUGCACUGUGCUUCCUUCACAGAAAUGUCUUGGGUUAUAAACCUGGGCAAAUGAACUUGAGUUUCUGAUAAAAAAAAAAAAAAAAAGAAUGACUCUUUUUGGAAGUCUGACUGAUUUUUCUUAUAAACUGCAAGAAAAAAAAGACUGCUGAAACAGAAACUAGAUAGAGCACAACUACGGAUUGUGUUUUGCCCCUUGCUAGUAAUCUGAGCCGUUUUAUUUAUUAUUCUGCAUUUUAAUACUUAAGCUAUGUGUACAUGCAAUGGAAUGAAGUAAGGAAGCAAAUAAUGUAGCAAAUGGAUGUUUCUGUCUGCAUCAGUGGAUAAUUCACUCUUUCACUUGGUGUACC